AAAAUAAAAUAUCUGGUGCCACAUGUUCCUAGAUUCUCUGGUUUUAGAUAAAAUAAAAAAUCACAAACUUUGGAGUGAGUGAGAAAGAAACCCAACAAACACACCAUCCGAUUUACACAACAAACAGAGAUAGGAGUAAAUGAAAACAAGAUUUCAUUUCACAUUCACGAGCGAAUUAUCACCGCCCCUCUGCAUCUGCAACUCCAACCACUGCUUCAGAACCUUUUUCACGUGUUUGAACAAUAAUCAUAACUUGUUCUCUCUUUUCUUCAACCAUCACCUACCCACCCACGUUUUCUUUUUCAAAGAUCUCAUCUGGGUUUUCUUCUUUCUCAAUGUAAGAGAUGCUGACAUGCUGAAUAAUUGAAAAAAGGUGAGAUUUUUAACAAAAAUGAACACUGUUGGGCCAGGAGGAAUGGAUAUACCGAUUAUGCAUGAGAGUGAUAGGUAUGAGCUUGUUCGUGAUAUUGGGUCUGGGAAUUUUGGGGUGGCUAGGCUUAUGACAGAUAAACACACUAAUCAGCGUGUUGCUGUCAAGUAUAUUGAGAGAGGUGAUAAGAUUGAUGAAAAUGUACAAAGGGAAAUUAUAAAUCAUAGAUCACUGAGGCAUCCCAAUAUUGUCAGGUUCAAGGAGGUAAUACUUACCCCUACACAUUUAGCUAUUGUGAUGGAAUAUGCUUCUGGAGGAGAGCUAUUUGAGCGAAUAUGCAAUGCAGGACGGUUCAGUGAGGACGAGGCACGGUUUUUCUUUCAACAGCUAAUAUCAGGGGUUAGCUACUGUCAUGCAAUGCAAAUAUGUCAUCGUGACUUGAAGUUGGAGAACACGUUGUUGGACGGUAGUCCGGCUCCUCGUUUGAAGAUUUGUGAUUUUGGGUAUUCAAAGUCAUCAGUGCUACAUUCGCAACCAAAAUCUACCGUCGGUACACCUGCAUAUAUCGCUCCUGAAGUUUUGCUUAAGAAGGAAUAUGAUGGCAAGAUUGCAGAUGUGUGGUCUUGUGGUGUUACCUUAUAUGUCAUGUUGGUUGGUGCAUAUCCUUUCGAGGAUCCGGAUGAGCCUAAGAAUUUUCGGAAGACUAUUCAUAGGAUUUUGAAAGUCCAAUACUCAAUUCCUGAUUAUGUUCAAAUAUCUCCCGAGUGCCGUCAUCUGAUCUCAAGGAUCUUCGUUGCAGACCCUGCACAGAGAAUAAGUAUGCCUGAGAUUCGAAACCACAUGUGGUUUUUGAAGAACCUUCCUGCGGAUCUUAUUGUCGGAAAUACAAUGAACGACCAAUUUCAAGAGCCUGAACAACCGAUGCAGACCGUUGAAGAAAUCAUGCAGAUAAUUAGCGAAGCUACUAUUCCUGCAGCUGGAACUCAUCAGUCUCUCAACCAGUAUCUUACCGGUAGUUUGGACAUUGAUGAUGAAAUGGACGAGGAUGUGGAAACCGAUCCCGACCUUGAUAUCGAUAGCAGCGGUGAAAUAGUUUAUGCAAUGUAAGAUGGUGUAUCAAACAAUGUGUGAGAAAAAGAUUUCACAUCUUUAAGGAAGGAUUCUGUUAUCUUGUGUGUAUAUGUUGUCAGCUUGAGAGAAUCAUGUUUACAUUGCUACUUUGUAUUAUAGAUGUAUUAAGUUGUUAUGUUAUGAUGAAGUUGCUGUU